AUGGAAGUUGGAGCAUGCAUUAAAGGGUUUCGUUCUUCCAAGCUCCUAGUGAUAGUCGUGGAUGCCACUCAUUUAAAAUCCAAGUACAAGGGUGUUAUGAUCGGGGAUUUGGAGACGGAUGAAUCAUGGCAUUGGUUUUUCACUAAACUUCUUGAAGUCAUUAGUGAGUGUCGCAAUCUUGUUAUCAUUUCUGAUCGCAAUGUUAGCAUAGAGAAUGUGUGGAACAAAGUUUUUCCAACGGCGCAACAUGGCAUAUGCUUUUGUCAUAUGAAAGGGAACAUGAAACGCACUUGCAAGUUGAAAAAGCAUGAUCAAAUACUUAUGCACUUUGAGCAGGCUACGAAAUCUUAUUCCAUUUCUGAGUUUGAUUGUCAUUUUCAAAAUAUCAAGAGAAAGGAACAUGUUGCUCAAUAUCUUGAACAUGCAGGGUUACAUAAGUGGUCUAGAGCUCACAUGGAUGGACGCCGCUGCAAUGUAAUGACAACAAAUAUUGCGGAGUCAACAAACUUAGUCCUUGGGUUUGCAAGGAUGCUGCCAGUGGUUCAUUUGAUAGGAGAAAUUAUUAAUCUCCUUGUGAAAUGGUUCAUCGAAUGUCAUCAGUUGGCUAUGAAUUGCACAACAACAUUUUGCCCUAAUUUUGGCGAGAAGAAGUUGAGGAAUAGGUUGGAGGAUGCUACAAGGAUGAAUGUCAUUAAACUAAAUAAUGUACAGUUUAAUGUUUUGGAUAGUGAUAUGGACGGCCUCGUGGAUUUGACGAACAAUAGUUGUAGUUGUAGAAAGUUUCAGCUUGAGCAGCUACCUUGCAAGUAUGUAGUUGCAGUUUGCCGCUUCUUAAAACUAAAUUUUAAUGUUUUGGAUAGUGAUAUGGACGGCCUCGUGGAUUUGACGAACAACAGUUGUAGUUGUAGAAAGUUUCAGCUUGAGCAGCUACCUUGCAAGCAUGUAGUUGCAGUUUGCCGCUUCUUAGAACUAAAUGUAUACUCGAAGGCUUCUCAGUAUUACACUUGGAAUACCUGGUUGGAUGCUUAUUCAAAUAUCAUAUACCCAGUACAGCCUCACAAAAUGUGGGUUAUUCCUGAACAUGUUCGAAGUCGAGUUGUGCUGCUUCCUAUGGCAAAGGUCAUGCUAGGCAGAUGGAAGAAGCUAAGAAUUCCCUUGCAAGGAGAGGGCACCAUUACAAGAAAGUGCUCAAGGCACUCCAAGUUUCCCAACCUCAACCCAUUCACUCCAUCAUGUGCCCCAAUAAAAUCCACCACUUGGUUGGUGACAACCACCGCCAACCCAAACUUAUUUGCUAAAGCCUUCCCAGAUAUCUUGAAGAACAUUUCAUACCACCGUUUCAAAUCUUCCGGUGUCGUCUAA